AGAAACAUAUUUGACGUGUAACAAAUGUCGUUAAAUACAUCCUUUGGCUAUUUUCGGCUGUUACAUUUUCUUUGCUGAUUCGUUGAUUGUGUGUGUAUGUGUUUUUUAUUGCAAAAAUUCAAAAGAAAAUACCUCAGUACAGCAAACCGGAUCUGAUUGCUGUGAUUUGUAGUUAAAACCAAUCGAAAUUCUGGAGGAUUAAAAAUAAAAAAUCUAUAGUACUGCCUAAUAGAAGAGUUUAUUAUAAGUAAUAUUAUUUUCUUAAAUUUGAAACGUUGAGUAACAGUUAUUAGCUAACAACAAAACGCUCUAUUUAUAAUCAAAAAAUCCCGAUCGAUGCUUGCACCAAACUGUCCUGUCCUGAGUAAAUUACUAGCGAUAGACUGUGCUCUUCAAGUAUUUUGUUGUAAUUAAUUUAAUACACAUUCACAUAUACACUCGUCAUAUGCGCUCGUAUUUGUACAUUCACUCAGACAUUUUCGUUACGCAAAUCAAGACAUAAACAAAAACCAAAAAAAAAAAAAAUUUAACAAAAAACUACCAAAAUAAAUUCGUAAAGCAAUAAAGCGCAAAAAAUUUGUGUUAUUCUUCAAACAAGCUGCUGAAGGAAUUUACACGCCCCCACAUACAACAACAAGUUCAAGGACACCUGAAAUGGAUGCGAAUCAAGAAGAGGCGCAACGUUACAUAAAUGUCGCCUUACGUGAAAUCAACACUGGAAAUUACGAUAAUGCCAUUAAACUACUAAAAAAGGCUAAAGAGCUAAGCCCAGACUCACAAGCAUAUGAAUUGCAAGAGCUGCUAACCAAGUUGAUUGCCAACGCUUCAGCGCAGCAAACAAACAAAAAACAAACCUCAGCAGGUGCCAGCACAUCGGCUGGUAAUGGUAGCGGAGGUAGUAAUAAUGAAUCACCAACACGCCUACGUCAGCGACGGCCAAAUACUCAAAACAAUAGCACUACACAUACCGGUGUCAGUCGUGAUUACACCAAAGAGCAAAUGGAUUUAGUAAAGCGUAUUAAUAAAUGUAAGAGCUUCUAUCAGGUUUUGCAAGUGACGCGUGACGCCACAGAUUCGGAGAUCAAGCGUGCCUACAAGCGGUUGGCAUUGCAAUUGCAUCCCGACAAGAAUCAAGCACCAGGUGCAGCUGAAGCUUUUAAGACGUUGGGCAAUGCGGUGGCAGUGCUCACCGAUGAACGUCGACGCAAGGAUUACGAUGCAUCGGGCGCGAAUACGCUGACAGCACAUGGCAGUAGCUCAAAUUUGAAUGCCAAUCAUCAACACCAACCAUUUACGGGCAACUACUAUCACAGCAAUGGUGGCGGUGGUUUUGAAGCGAAUUUUGGCGAGGAUAUCACCGCAGAGGAGUUAUUCAAUAUAUUCUUUGGCAAUUAUCCGCCACAUGCACGCGGCCCACAGAGGCGCCCCUAUCAAGCGGCCAAUCAACGGCAACCACAGGAACGUAACCAGCAACCAAGUUUGGCUUUUGGUUUGAUUUUGGUGUUGAUUUUGAUUUCUAUGUUCUCGUCGUUCUUUACAUCAGAUCCAGUAUACAGUUUGGCGCAGUCGAGCAAAUAUCCCAUACUGCGGGAGACGCAACACCUUUCCGUGCCAUAUUACGUGAAGUCAAGCUUCGAAACCGAUUAUCAGGGCUCACUGGGACGUUUAGAAAACUCCGUAGAGGAAGAUUUCAUCUAUACGAUGAAACAGAACUGUUAUCGCGAGCGCAGCUACCGUGAAGGCAUGAUGGCACGUGCACGCAGUUUUGGCAGCAGCAUGAAGUUCGCACAAGCUCAGGCGUUGAAAAUGCCUUCGUGUGAAAAGCUAUCGAAAAUUGGCAUAACACGUUACUCACUCUACUAAAAGGGUACUCACGUCUGCACCAGGGCAAAUAUUGAAUUGAAACGAGCACAUUGGAUUUGUGUAGAUGAUUACUCGAAUUAUAAUUAUUGGAGUUGAAGAAGUGAAUCGCUUUUGAUUUUGAAGGAGAAACAACGAUUAAUAGAAACAUACAUAAACAUAUACAAUCACGCGUAUGUAAAUAUGUACAAACAUAUGCUGCGUACUCAUUAAAAUUGUUGUGAAUCGUAUUAACUUACAGUAUUGGCAUAUGUCGUGUAAUGCAUACCGAUAUAUAUAUAUUUAAUUAUACACAAAAUAAAUAAAUAAAUGAACAUAA